CGCGAUCCACGUGCAAGUGGGUCCACAUGGCGCUGUUUUCUUACUGACACUCUGUGGCUUCUCUUCUUCUUCAAUCAUCCAUAUACACACUGAACACAGGCUACCCCCCGGUGACCGGACCAGCUCGAAUCCCGCUCCGUUCACUCGCCCAAUUUUCCGAUCACGAAAGUUGAGCGCAAAGUAUACCCACCAAGCCAGACUGUUUGUUUUUAACCCAAGAAAAACCUCUAAGGACUUUCGGGCAUUAUUCAGGUUACAUCCCCGAUUUUUCUCCAAUGUCCUCACUCCAGAUACCCAAUUUCGCAGCUCUGGACCAAUAUUCUCCAUUUCCAAGAAGCCGCUUUUCAUCGACCGAGAAAUUCGCCAAGGCAGUUACUAGUGUGUCCUCUUCUUUUUUGGGCUGGAAAGAUUUUUUAGGCUCGAAAAAUGGAAGAUCAAUGGUGGGUUGUGCGGGCAAGUGUCGAUUCAAUGGGAGGAUAUCUAGGAUUCUGGCGAUGUCUUCUUCUUCUUCUUCUUCUUCUUCUUCUUCGGGUAAUUCGACGUUCAAGAUGAAUCUGAACGAGUACAUGGUUACACUCGAGAAGCCUCUCGGUAUUCGGUUUGCACUCUCUGUUGAUGGCAAGGUCUUCGUUCAUUCGCUCAAGAAAGGGGGUAAUGCGGAGAAGUUGAGGAUAAUUAUGGUGGGUGACACAUUGAAGAAGGCGAGUGAAUCAUCUGGUGGAAAGCUUAUUGAGAUCAAAGACUUUGGUGAUACAGAGUAUGGAAUGCACAUAACGAAAGAGAAAUCUGGACCUUGUAGCCUUGUCCUUGAGAGACCCUUCUCUCCGUUUCCUAUUCAACAACUGCAUCUUAUCAAUGAUCGUGAUAUUUUGUUUAAUAGAGGCCGCGUUCCUAUUGCCACUUGGGAUAAAACUGUACUGCCGUCCAACUUGCGAACAUCUACUGAGGGCAGUGGGAAUUCUGGAUUUGUAGUAUUUUCAUCGAAGUUUUUAACACCUCAAGGAUGGAAGUUGAGCAGUCAAAACGGACAUGUUAAUCCACAAGUGCAAAAAAGCACAAUGGCUGCACCCCUUAGCCAACUUGUAACCUUUUUCUCGGAUGAAGACACUGGAGAUGCUGAAUGGGCCCAUGGGAGCUUCCCAUUGGAUGAAUAUACCAAGGCACUGGAUCGCUCAAAAGGGGAGCUGUACUACAAUCACUCUCUUGGUAUGCACUACAGUAAGAUUACGGAGCAGAUAUAUGUGGGAUCAUGUAUACAAAAUGGAGCUGAUGUAGAGACUUUGUCAAAUGCGGGAGUCACUGCUGUGCUGAAUUUCCAGAGUGGUGUCGAAGCAGAAAAUUGGGGAAUUAAUUCCAAAUCAAUAAAUGAAUCGUGCCAAGGGUUUAACAUCCUUAUGAUUAAUUAUCCUAUAAGGGAGGUAGAUUCAUUUGAUAUGAGGAAGAAACUUCCAUUUUGUGUGGGUCUUCUUCUACGUCUGCUGAAGAAGAACCAUCGGGUUUACAUCACUUGCACCACUGGGUUUGAUCGAUCCCCUGCUUGUGUAAUUGCAUACCUCCACUGGAUGACAGAUACCUCCCUUCAUGUUGCCUACAAUUAUGUCACCGGCUUACAUUCUUGCAAGCCUGACAGACCAGCAAUUGCCUGGGCAACAUGGGAUCUUAUAGCAAUGGCGGAACAGGGCAAACAUGAAGGACCUCCAACCCAUGCCGUGACUUUUGUGUGGAAUGGGCAAGAAGGAGAGGAAGUUUAUUUGGUCGGAGAUUUCACUGGAAACUGGAAAGAUCCAAUGAAAGCUGUUCACAAGGGUGGCCCAAGAUACGAAGUUGAAGUUAGACUUUCACAAGGGAAGUACUACUAUAAGUUUAUCACUAAUGGGCAAUGGAGGCAUUCAACAACUUCGCCCACAGAAAGGGAUGACAGGGGGAACGUCAACAACUUAAUUGUGGUUGGUGACACUGCCAGUGUGAAGCCUUCCAUCCAACAACAAAAGAAGGAUGCAAAUAUUGUAAAGGUGAUCGAGAGGCCACUUACAGAAAAUGAGCGGUUUAUGCUGGCAAAAGCAGCUCGAUGUGUUGCAUUCUCUGUCUGUCCAAUUAGACUAGCCCCCAAGUAGUUGAGCAUAGUUCUAUUUGGCUGAGUGGUAAUUGAAGUACGUGGUACCCUCCUGAGUCCUGGCUUUUAAGUUAGAAAUUGUCUACGAAAGGUAGAACAUGGUAUCCGUGUUAGACACUUCAAUGCGUCGUCGAUGAGAGAUAGAGAGAGAGAAUGAGCAUACUGUGAUUCUUCAUCUGCAAAAUAAGCUUAUCAAGGCAUGGAACCUUCCAAGUAUAAGCUCAUACUUCUACGUUUAGUAGCAAAAUUUGUCGGAAUUGAUGACGUUACUAUCUGCAAGGCAAGAGGAGGAAAACAGAACGUAAUAAGUCUCAGCAAAUGCGUUCACUGAGUAUGGAUGUUCUAUAUGCAUUUGGUUUGGUUCUUUAUAUUCUGCACUGUAGAACUAGGCGCCACGGCAUGGUAUUUUAAGGGCGAAUCGUGGCUCGAAUAAGAAGGUCAUAGCUUGAGCAACGACUAUACUUUUUCUUUUCUUUUUUUCUUCAUUUUUUCUUGUUUCUUACCUGCCUUGAGUAUCGGAAAAUAGCUGUUGUUCUGUAUUUAUCUAAUUUCUUUUGUUUUAUAUUUACCAGAUAAGGAAUGUUAAGCAUUUUACUCAUGUUAUUGGGCAUUUUGGUUGCCUCUUGAGCAAUGGUAUUCAUCUGAAAAAGCAUAAA